AGCUGUAAGUACUGAUUAUUAGGGUGCAGCGCUCAUUGUACAGUGACGCAGGAUCCCACAAUGAGUAUCCAAGAGCAGGGUUUCCCUUUGGACCUUGGAGCGAGUUUCACCGAAGAUGCCCCCCGACCCCCAGUGCCUGGUGAGGAGGGUGAACUGGUGUCCACAGACCCCAGGCCCAUCAGCCACAGCUUCUGCUCCGGGAAGGGUGCCGGGGUUAAAGGUGAGACUUCAGCAGCCACACCAAGGCGCUCGGAUCUGGACCUGGGGUAUGAGCCUGAGGGCAGCGCCUCCCCCACCCCGCCAUACUUGAAGUGGGCUGAGUCGUUGCACUCGUUACUGGACGAUCAAGAUGGGAUAAACCUGUUUAGGACUUUCCUGAAGCAGGAGGACUGUGCUGACCUGCUGGACUUCUGGUUCGCCUGCAGCGGCUUCAGGAAGCUGGAGCCCUGUGACUCGAAUGAGGAAAAGAGGCUGAAGUUGGCCAAAGCCAUUUACCGCAAAUAUAUCCUCGAUAACAACGGCAUCGUAUCCAGGCAAACUAAGCCAGCUACCAAGAGCUUCAUAAAGGACUGCAUCAUGAAGCAGCUGAUAGAUCCUGCCAUGUUUGACCAGGCCCAGACGGAGAUCCAGUCCACCAUGGAAGAAAACACCUACCCCUCCUUCCUCAAGUCUGAUAUUUAUUUGGAAUAUACGAGGACAGGCUCGGAGAGCCCAAAGCUCUGUAGUGACCAGAGCUCUGGGUCGGGGACAGGGAAGGGCAUACCUGGAUACCUGCCCACUUUGAAUGAAGAUGAGGAAUGGAAGUGUGACCAGGACCUGCACGAAGACAGCGGCAGAGACCCUGCUCCCCCCGGCAGGCUCACGCAGAAGCUGCUUCUGGAGACGGCUGCCCCGCGGGCCUCCUCAAGUAGACGGUCCAGCGAAGGCAGAGAAUUCAGGUGCGGGUCCUGGCGGGAGCCUGCCAACCCCUACUACGUCAGCUCCGGCUACGCCCUCGCCCCGGCCACCAGUGCCAACGACAGUGAGCAGCAGAGCCUAUCCAGUGAUGCCGACAGCCUGUCCCUCACCGACAGCAGCGUGGAUGGAGUCCCGCCAUACAGGACCCGUAAGCAGCACACCGCCCGGGAGAUGCAAGAGAGCGUCCAGCUCAACGGGCGGGUGCCCCUACCUCACAUCCCUCGCACUUACCGAAUGCCAAAGGAAGUCCGCGUGGAGCCCCAGAAGUUCGCCGCGGAGCUCAUCCACCGCCUGGAGGCCAUCCAGCGGACACGGGAGGCCGAGGAGAAGCUGGAGGAGCGGCUGAAACGCGUCCGGAUGGUGAGAAGAGGUGAGGAUGGUGACAUGCCCUCUGGUCCCCCGGGGGCCACUCAUAAGCUGCCUUUGGCCACAGCCUGGCACCACUUCCCGCCCCGCUAUGCAGACGUGGGCUGCGUGGGUCUGCGGGACGCGCACGAGGAGAACCCUGAGAGCAUCCUGGAUGAGCAUGUGCAGCUCAUGAGGACGCCGGGCUGUCAGUCGCCGGGGCCCGGCCACCGUUCCCCUGACAGCGGGCACGUGCCCAAGAUUGUGGGGGUCCUAGGGGGCGUGCCCCCUGGGCACAGUAAGCACGCACCUAAGUCCGGGGUGAAGCUGGACGCAGCCGGCCCACACCUGCACAGGCACGGCCACCACCACAGUCACCACGGGGCGGCCAGGCCCAAGGAGCAGGCUGAGGCUGAGGCCGCCCGCCGCAUCCCGGGCAGCUUCUCUUGGGGCCCGGAGCUGCACGGCCACACAGCCAAGCCCCGUAGCCACUCAGAGAGCGUGGGCACCGCCCCCAAUGCCAGCGAUAGCCUGGCCUACAGCGGGAAGUCUGGCACUGCCUCCAGAAGAAACGCCAAGAAGGCGGAGUCAGGGAAGAGCGGGAGCGAGGUGCCUGGCCCCUCGGAAGACGCGGAGAAGAACCAAAAGAUCAUGCAGUGGAUCAUCGAGGGGGAGAAGGAGAUCAGCCGGCACCGCAAGGCUGGCCACGGGUCUUCCGGUGCCAAGAAGCAGCAGGUGCACGAGAGCCCCAGGCCCUUGUCCGUGGAGCGUCCCGGGGCCGUGCACCCUUGGGUCAGCGCUCAGCUUCGCAACUCCGUCCAGCCCUCUCACCUCUUCGUUCAAGACCCCACCAUGCCACCCAACCCAGCCCCCAACCCUCUGACCCAGCUGGAGGAGGCCCGCAGGCGCCUGGAGGAGGAAGAGAAGAGAGCCAGCAAAUUACCCUCAAAGCAGAGGUAUGUGCAGGAGGUCAUCCAGCGGGGGCGCUCCUGUGUCAGGCCAGCGUGCACACCUGUGCUGAGCGUGGUGCCAGCCGUGUCCGACUUGGAGCUCUCGGAGACAGAGUCGAAGUCGCAGAGGAAGGCGGGCAGUGGGAGCGCCCAGCCGUGUGACAGCAUCGUGGUGGCCUAUUACUUCUGCGGGGAGCCCAUCCCGUACCGGACCCUGGUGCGGGGCCGAGCCGUCACUCUGGGCCAGUUCAAGGAGCUGCUGACCAGGAAGGGCAACUACAGAUACUACUUCAAGAAGGUGAGCGACGAGUUUGACUGCGGUGUGUUUGAGGAGGUUCGGGAAGAUGAGACCGUCCUGCCGGUCUUUGAGGAGAAGAUCAUCGGCAAGGUGGAGAAGGUGGACUGACCCGCCAGCCGGGCCUCCGCGCCAGGUUGGGCCCUCGUCAGGCAGGGCCAGGGCGGCCUCCGAGGGUCCUGUGGGUCACCUGCUUGGCGUGUAUGCA